GAGGGGAUUGGUUAUCAUGGCGGAUCGGACGGCUCCUGGAUGCCAGCUCCGUCUGGAGUGGGUUUACGGGUACAGGGGUCACCAGUGCCGCAACAACCUGUACUACACGGCAGGCAAAGAGGUGGUGUACUUCGUGGCUGGAGUCGGCGUGGUUUAUAACACCAGAGAGCACAGCCAGAAAUUCUUUCUCGGGCACAACGAUGAUAUUAUCAGCCUUGCAGUUCACCCAGAUAAAACCUUAGUAGCUACCGGGCAGGUGGGGAAGGACCCUUACAUCUGCAUCUGGGACUCCUACCGUGUGCAGACUGUGUCUGUCCUCAAGGAUGCACAUACACAUGGAGUUGCCUGCUUAGCUUUUGAUUCAGAUGGCCAGCGUUUAGCUUCAGUGGGACUGGAUGCCAAAAAUACAGUGUGUAUUUGGGACUGGAAGAGAGGAAAACUACUGGCGACAGCUACAGGCCAUUCAGACAGGAUAUUUGAUAUCUCCUGGGAUCAAUAUCAACCAAAUAGAAUUGUCAGCUGUGGAGUAAAACACAUAAAGUUUUGGACGUUGUGUGGAAAUGCACUGACAGCAAAGAGAGGAAUAUUUGGUAAAACAGGAGAUCUCCAAACUAUCCUUUGUUUAGCAUGUGCAAAAGAAGAUAUCACAUACUCUGGUGCUUUAAACGGAGACAUCUAUGUUUGGAAAGGGCUAAACUUAGUCCGCACAAUUCAAGGAGCACAUAGUGCUGGAAUUUUUAGUAUGUAUGCCUGUGAGGAAGGUUUUGCCACUGGAGGGAGAGAUGGUUGCAUUCGGUUAUGGGACACUGAUUUCAAACCAAUUACUAAAAUUGAUCUCAGGGAGACUGAACAAGGAUACAAAGGUCUGUCCAUCCGAAGUGUCUGUUGGAAAGCAGACAGGCUUUUAGCAGGGACACAGGACAGUGAGAUAUUUGAGGUGCUAGUAAGAGAGAGAGAUAAACCCAUGCUGAUCAUGCAGGGCCAUUGUGAAGGGGAGCUCUGGGCCCUGGCAGUCCACCCAAAGAAGCCUUUAGCAGUCACAGGCAGUGAUGAUCGAUCUGUACGAUUAUGGAGUCUGGCUGACCAUGCCUUGAUAGCCCGUUGUAACAUGGAAGAAGCAGUGCGGAGCGUGUCUUUCAGUCCGGAUGGAUCCCAGUUAGCACUCGGAAUGAAGGAUGGCUCCUUCAUUGUUCUUCGAGUAAGAGACAUGACCGAGGUGGUUCAUAUUAAAGACCGAAAAGAAGUGAUCCAUGAAAUGAAGUUUUCACCAGAUGGCUCUUACCUUGCUGUGGGUUCCAAUGAUGGCCCAGUGGAUAUCUAUGCUGUGGCUCAGCGAUACAAAAAAAUAGGAGAAUGCAACAAAUCUACAAGUUUUAUUACUCACAUUGACUGGUCUGUGGAUAGUAAAUUCUUGCAAACCAAUGAUGGGGCAGGAGAGAGGCUGUUCUACAAGAUGCCAUCUGGGAAGCACAUAACUAGCAAAGAUGAGGUCAAAGGAAUUCACUGGGCCUCAUGGACUUGUGUGAUAGGCUCUGAAGUGAAUGGAAUUUGGCCAAAAUACACCAACGUUACAGAUGUCAACUCUGUGGAUGGAAAUUACAAUAGCUCAGUGCUAGUGACUGGAGACGAUUUUGGGCUGGUUAAAUUGUUCAGAUUUCCAUGCCUAAAGAAAGGAGCUAAAUUUAGAAAGUACAUUGGCCACUCAGCACAUGUAACCAAUGUCCGUUGGUCCCAUGAUUUCCAGUGGGUUUUAAGUACAGGAGGUGCUGAUCACUCCGUGUUCCAGUGGCGGUUUAUUCCAGAAGGGAUAACAAAUGGCAUCCUUGAAACAUCUCCGCAAGAGGGUGGUGUCGACUCCUACAGCGAAGAAUCAGAUUCAGAUUUAUCUGAUGUGCCAGAGUUAGAUUCAGACAUUGAGCAGGAAGCUCAAAUCAACUAUGAUCGCCAGGUUUACAAAGAAGACCUACCUCAGCUGAAACAGCAAAGUAAAGAGAAAAACCACUCUGUGCCCUUCCUGAAAAGAGAACGAGCACCUGAUGACAGCUUGAAGUUGCAGUUUAUACAUGGUUACAGAGGCUAUGACUGUCGAAAUAACUUGUUCUACACACAAACUGGAGAAGUAGUGUAUCACAUUGCUGCUGUGGCUGUCGUAUAUAACAGGCAACAGCACACUCAGAGGCUGUAUCUUGGUCACGAUGAUGACAUCCUCAGCCUAAGCAUUCACCCAGUGAAAGACUAUGUUGCUACUGGACAGGUUGGAAGAGAUGCUGCUAUCCACAUCUGGGACACACAGACCCUGAAAUGUUUAUCACUGCUCAAAGGCCAGCAUCAAAGAGGAGUGUGUGCACUGGAUUUUUCAGCUGAUGGAAAAUGUUUGGCAUCUGUUGGGCUAGAUGAUAAUCAUGCCAUUGUGUUUUGGGAUUGGAAGAAAGGAGAGAAGCUAGCAACAACCAGGGGCCAUAAAGAUAAAAUAUUUGUAGUGAAGUGUAAUCCACAUCAUGUAGACAAACUAGUCACAGUUGGAAUGAAACACAUCAAGUUUUGGCAGCAAACGGGUGGAGGCUUUACAUCAAAACGAGGAACAUUUGGAACUACUGGGAAACUGGAAACUAUGAUGAGCGUCUCAUACGGGCGAAUAGAAGAUCUGGUUUUCUCUGGUGCUGCUACUGGAGACAUUUAUAUCUGGAAGGAUACUCUGUUGCUGAAGACAGUGAAAGCCCAUGAUGGGCCUGUCUUUGCCAUGCACGCGUUGGAUAAGGGAUUUGUAACUGGUGGAAAAGAUGGAAUCGUAGCUCUUUGGGAUGAUAUGUUUGAACGAUGUCUGAAGACAUACGCUAUUAAAAGAGCAGCACUAUCUGCUAGUUCUAAAGGUUUACUGCUAGAAGACAAUCCCUCAAUUCGAGCCAUCAGUCUAGGACAUGGACAUAUACUAGUGGGAACUAAAAAUGGAGAGAUACUUGAAAUUGAUAAAAGUGGUCCUAUGACUCUACUUGUUCAGGGACAUAUGGAAGGAGAAGUCUGGGGCUUGGCAGCUCAUCCCCUCUUGCCUGUCUGUGCAACAGUGAGUGAUGAUAAAACACUCCGAAUCUGGGAGCUCUCAUCCCAGCACCGCAUGCUGGCUGUGAGGAAACUCAAGAAAGGUGGACGAUGCUGUGCCUUUUCUCCCGAUGGGAAAGCCUUGGCUGUAGGCUUGAACGAUGGGAGUUUUCUGGUGGUAAAUGCUGACACUGUUGAAGACAUGGUCUCUUUUCACCACAGAAAGGAAAUGAUCUCAGAUAUAAAGUUUUCACGAGAAUCGGGAAAGUACCUAGCUGUGGCUUCCCAUGAUAAUUUUGUAGAUAUUUACAAUGUGCUUACCAGCAAAAGAGUUGGCAUUUGUAAAGGUGCAUCAAGCUAUAUCACACACAUUGACUGGGACUCGAGAGGAAAGUUAUUGCAAGUCAAUUCUGGUGCCAAAGAACAGCUAUUUUUUGAAGCACCAAGGGGGAAAAGGCAUAUUAUAAGAAUUGCUGAGAUAGAGAAGAUCGAGUGGGACACCUGGACAUGUGUUCUUGGCUCUACUUGUGAAGGAAUUUGGCCCAUGCACAGUGAUGUGACUGUUGUGAAUGCAGCCAGCCUUACGAAAGAUGGAACACUAUUAGCUACAGGAGAUGAUUUUGGGUUUGUGAAGCUUUUUUCAUAUCCAGUGAAGGGCCAACAUGCAAAAUUCAAGAAGUACGUGGGUCACAGCGCACAGGUAACCAACGUGCGGUGGUUACACAAUGAUUCUGUGCUGCUGACUGUAGGUGGUGCUGAUACAGCUUUGAUGAUCUGGACCAGAGAAUUAUUGGGCAUUCAGGAGAGUAAGCUGGUUGAUAGUGAAGAAUCAGACACAGAUGCAGAAGAAGAUGGAGGUUAUGAUAGUGAUGUUGCAAGAGAAAAAGCAAUUGACUAUACCACUAAGAUCUAUGCAGUAAGCAUCCGAGAAAUGGAAGGGACAAAACCACAUCAGCAGCUGAAGGAAGUUUCAGUAGAAGAGAGGCAGGGAAUUGUCAAGGGAUCAAGGCCACCAGUUAGCAGAGCUGCUCCUCAACCCGAGAAACUGCAAAAGAACAAUAUCAACAAAAAGAAGAAACUGGUUGAGGAGCUGGCUUUAGACCAUGUUUUUGGAUACAGAGGAUUCGAUUGUCGCAACAACCUCCAUUACCUGAAUGAUGGUGCUGAUAUUAUUUUCCACACAGCUGCAGCAGGCAUAGUCCAAAAUCUUUCUACUGGUAGUCAGAGUUUCUACCUGGAGCAUACUGAUGACAUUCUCUGCCUAACUGUGAAUCAGCACCCAAAGUAUAAAAACAUUGUGGCUACCAGCCAGAUCGGUGAUAUGACAGAAUUCCCAGGUACAACUCCCACAAUUCAUGUAUGGGAUGCUAUGAGUAAGCAAACAAUUUCAAUGCUGCGUUGCUUCCACACCAAAGGGGUCAACUACGUUAACUUCAGCGCAACUGGCAAACUUCUGGUUUCUGUGGGAGUUGAUCCAGAACAUACUAUCACAGUGUGGAGAUGGCAAGAAGGGGCUAAAGUGGCCAGCAGGGGAGGACACCUGGAGAGGAUAUUCGUGGUAGAGUUCCGCCCAGACUCAGACACUCAGUUUGUGUCUGUUGGGGUAAAACACAUGAAGUUCUGGACGUUAGCUGGCAGUGCUUUGCUUUAUAAGAAAGGAGUCAUUGGUUCCAUGGAAGAUGCCAAAAUGCAAACCAUGCUUUCUGUGGCCUUCGGAGCAAAUAACCUUACCUUUACUGGUGCCAUAAAUGGAGAUGUCUACGUGUGGAAGGACCAUUUUCUGGUCAGGCUUGUGGCAAAAGCUCACACAGGGCCAGUGUUCACAAUGUACACGACCCUUCGAGACGGACUCAUCGUUACAGGAGGGAAAGAGAGACCCACUAAAGAAGGAGGAGCUGUAAAGCUGUGGGACCAGGAGAUGAAGCGGUGCCGAGCAUUCCAGCUUGAGACAGGCCAACUCAUCGAGUGCGUGCGCUCCGUCUGCAGAGGCAAAGGGAAAAUACUAGUGGGAACAAAAGAUGGAGAAAUCCUUGAAGUAGGGGAAAAAAAUGCUGCUUCAAACUUGUUGAUUGACUGUCACAUGGAAGGAGAAAUCUGGGGCUUAGCAACUCACCCCUCAAAAGACAUAUUCAUCUCUGCCAGUAAUGAUGGAACAGCAAGAAUCUGGGACCUGUGUGACAAAAAACUGCUGAACAAAGUGAACCUGGGUCACCCCGCGCGCUGUGCCGCGUACAGCCCUGAUGGUGACAUGGUUGCCAUUGGCAUGAAGAACGGGGAGUUCGUGGUUUUACUUGUGAACAGCCUCAAGGUGUGGGGCAAGAAGCGAGACAGGAAAUCUGCCAUUCAGGACAUCAGGAUCAGCCCAGAUAACAAGUUUUUGGCAGUGGGUUCACAAGAACAUACUGUGGAUUUUUAUGAUCUCACUCAAGGUACGACCCUGAACCGAAUAGGCUACUGCAAAGACAUCGCAAGCUUCGUCAUACAGAUGGACUUCUCUGCAGACAGCAGGUACAUUCAGGUAUCAACGGGUGCCUAUAAGCGUCAAGUGCAUGAGGUGCCACUAGGGAAGCAGAUAACAGAUCCUGCAUUGAUAGAGAAGAUCACCUGGGCCACAUGGACAAGCAUUCUUGGAGACGAAGUCAUUGGAAUUUGGCCGCGAAAUGCAGAUAAAGCAGAUGUCAACUGUGCAUGUGUGACCCAUGCUGGCCUAAAUAUAGUCACAGGAGACGACUUUGGGCUGGUGAAACUGUUUGAUUUCCCAUGCACAGAAAAAUUUGCCAAGCACAAGCGGUAUUUCGGGCACUCUGCUCAUGUCACCAACAUCCGCUUUUCUCACGACGACAAGUACGUGAUCAGUACAGGAGGAGACGACUGCAGUGUGUUUGUGUGGCGCUGCCUUUGAAAGGAGCCUCUCCUUGCUGCUGUUACUGCCACCGCCAAGUGACUGUGCCAGCCUGGACAGCCACGAUGCCUCGAGCCCUGCGGCUGCUGUGACCUCCACCCGAUGCUGCACGGUGACACUUCCAGAUUACUCAUAGACUUUACUGAAUGUGACCUUGCCGUUGAAAGACCAAUAUCCCUGAGAAGGAAGAAGUUUGAAAGGGAAUCCUUCUGUAACCCGGGUAGGCCAAAGUGAUGAACAGUUCACUCACAAAGCUGCUUUUGCCUAAUACUGUGUUAUCCAAACCCUGUCUGAGAAGGGAGCACACGGAGAAAACGCUAGGCCCUUUAAUUUGCAUCAUUUCAAAAUUUAUGGCUUGAUUUGUUCAAAAGAAAGUUGGUGGGUUUUUAACCACACCUGCUUAAAACUCACAUUUGGUGCACUGAGUAAAGCUGCAGGCUUUGACCGGGCGUGCUGGGGUCACACUUCAGCUGUCAGUGAGUGAAGGAGCAAAGUAUCAUUUUUUUUUAAGUCCAUCUUAUUUUUAAAUAUAUAUAUUUGGCAAAUUUUUCUAUCCAUGAAGUGCCUUUGAAUAGUUUUCUAGUAGUACGGGCUACAGCCUUGCCUCCCACCACUUGCUUUCAACAUACGGUGCUAUAACUUUCACACAGAGGAGGGCUAACCAUCACCACCUUUUCCAGCUGUGUACUUACUUCCAUUGUCCCUGUUCUCUUGCUUUGGGUUUCAACACCUUCACAAGUGAAUUCCAAAAUGUUUCCGACAGAGGCAGCUCUGUGCUGUUCUAAGGACAAAUUCCUGAUGGCAUUACACCUCUUGGUAAGCUGUUCACAACGUGCGUGGUGGUAGCGCGACUACAGCCGGAAUGCGAAGCUUAACUCAAAUGGUGAGUAGAGGGGGAGAGGCUUGGUUGAAGAUACCAACAGUGAGGAAGCUGUUCCCCGUGUGUUCCUACACUCCCUGUUUAUGGGAAACUGUGCUUUAAAGGUAACUGCUUCCGCUGGCAGGGGCCAUCCACUGUAUUAAUGGUGUGGAAGCCUCUGAGAGCCACUGCUGCCCAUUCCUCCUGCGCUGGGGGGGAAUUUCUGCAGGCAUCCCAAGGAACGCCUGGCACUGCUCAUGGGGCCAGCCUGUGGCCUCCACCAGGCUCCCUGCUGCUUGUGAGUAGAACAGAAACCCCUCCCAUACCAGAACAUUUACCUGUCCUUGAGAAAAGCAUCCCCUGUGCUCAGUUUGGACUCCUGUUCCCAUAUCACCUCUCCUGUGGGACCAGGCUGUGGGAUCCAGGAGAGGAGAGCAGAGCAGACCACGAGCAGGGGUCCACAAAAGGCAAGUAAAGCCCUUCAGUGCUUCUUAACAACCAUUUUGUCAAAACCAAAAACUCCAGGGACAGGGGAAUUGGAAAAAGUUAAGUUCAACUUUUUCCAAUGAAAGUGGUUGGAAAGGAACAGGAAGUGUGGGCAAUGGCAAAAGAUUUCCGAGAUUUCGGUCAUGGAACAAUGUCUGUAUUUUGAAACCACCUUUCUUGUAAAAAGACUGUUUGUUAAUCAGAGAAAUAAAGGCCAAAUUAAAACAUUUAGACUUACAUUUAGUCUUUGAAAAGAAAUGUUAAAUACAGUGCGUUAGCCCCACGUCAGGACAAUACCAUUUUGAACCGGGGGAACUUCCUGACCACCCACUUCUGAGACCCACUGUGCAAAGAGGAGGCUGGUGGGUGCAACACCCAGUUGAAGGAGUGGAUCAAUGUACACGUACCACACAAACGUGCUUCAGCAACCUCAAAGAAUCACCUUUUUUAAAAUUGAAUUUAUUAAUUAAUGCCUUAUAUCACUACACAGAAGAUCAGUUUGUCAGAUACACAACACGGCCCUAUGCAGUCCUUGUUCUAGCAACACCUCCUUGCUGAGAUGAUGGAAUCCUGGCAGGUGGUGAUGUCAGCGAGCACCUUCUCUGCCUUCCUUCCACAUGGAUUGUAUCCCAGAUAAAACCAGAAUGAAUUAAUCAAUGGUGAUGUGAAAAGUAGCUUAAAGCAAUAGUGUCUGUCAGGAAAACACUUAAAUUUGUAUGUUUCUAUGGUCUGGCUUUAUGUACAAAAUGUUCAGAAGUCACCAUGUAUGAUACUGUAAACUAAAGUCCUAGUGCAUGGAUUUAUUUUCCAGUGGUCAGGAUGCCAUUAAUUACAAAUCUGUGUCCCAAAUAAAUUUGGAUACAAGUUUUCAGCAUCCAGCUCUUAACUCAGAUUCAACAAGUUGAUCUGGAAAGAUCACCGGGACUUUUGCUUUCCAGUGUCCUCCCAAGCAGACCACGGCAUCACACACUAAUUGUCUCUAAAGCAAACCAAGGACCUUCACUUGGCUUAGCAGGGUCUAAAAUGUCUCCUUCACCAUUUUCAACACCCAACUCACAACACCCGAGUGGCAGCAACAACCGGAGCCACAGGCAAGAGUGUGGGUGACAAGAGCCACGUGAGCCAUCGGGAAUGACAGCUCUGGAACUGACCAAACUGCUUCACACUGCACGGACGGGAAGAACAGGUACUGAGAAAAGCCACCGACUCACAUCGCCCUACGUCUGACAGACUAUUGCCACCACCAUGUACAAUGGAUAUUUAAUCACGAUGAGCUUCAACAAAAUAAACACAAAUAGAUUCAACUUGCCUCAAGAAAGCAAAAUGCCAACAGUUUCUGUCUAGAAGCUUUAUUGAUACUUGGGGUUUGGGUUGGUUGGGGGUUUUUUUUUUUUUUGCCUUUUUGUUGGGUUUUUUUUACAUUUCACAAUGCAUUCCACAGACUUAGUUCAAUACAGCUUAAACUGCAAGUGUAGAAAUUCUCACUUAUUUCUUGCAUAACAAGGUUUUACGUUUCCCAACAACAUCUGCAGCAUUAGAUACUCGGUCCACAGAUUAUCAGAGUUUGAGAGAUGUAGAAUUAUUUGCUCAGAAUCAACUACUGUACGUUUGUGCCACAAAGUGUAUGCUUGUCUUUUUCUUUAGGUGUAUGUGGAGGUUCCUUCCUUCAUCCCCCUCUCGCUGUUUGUUUUAAACAGAGGCUAGUGUUUACACAGACAGUUUGGGUUUCAAGCUUGUGUGCUGCAGAGCUAGUCCAGCCACCAGUCAAUUCUCUGAAGUACAAAGCACUGUGGAGCAGCUGAAAGAUCUAAGCUUUGUGAAACACAUAUAUAUAUAUUUAUAUAUAUAUUGGCAAU